AUGGCAGGAAAUUACUAUUUAGCCCCUGAGUAUGAAGACCAUUCAUUACCCAUUGUUGAUUUCUAUCAACAGUCUUCAUCUCUGAGCUACAAUAACUCGAGCACUUCAGAUGAAGCGGAGGAUAACCAGAUGAAUAUCAUCAACGAGAGGAAGCAAAGAAGGAUGAUAUCGAACAGGGAAUCAGCUCGAAGGUCGAGGAUGAGGAAACAGAAGCAACUGGACGAGCUGUGUAACCAGGUCAUGCGGCUCAGGAAUGAGAACCACGGGCUUAUGGACAAGUUGAACCGAUUCUCAGAGACCCAUGAACAAGUUAUUCAAGAAAAUAAUAGGCUAAAGAAAGAAACAACGGAACUAAGGCAGUUGCUUAGUGAAGCGCAACUUGCUAGAACUUACACUACUCUGAAAGAUCUUGAUGAUGAUCAAGAGGUGGUGCUUGUUCCUUCUUGCACCACUGCUCAUCUCAGGGCUCAAUCAUCUAAAAAUUCCACAACUAAAAACUCCUCCAAUCUGCUUCAUUGA